AUGGUGAUGGUUGGUAUGAUAUGCAGGAAGGUGAUAUCCGAGUAUGCGAAAGCGAUCCACGAGCUAUCAAUGGAUUUGGCGGGUAAGCUAGGCCAAAGUAUAGGGAUGGUGAGAAGUGAUUUGUUCGAGGGAUGGGCUUCUCAAUUUAGGUUUAACAAGUAUGACUUCACUUCAAAAACGGGCCGCAGUGGAGUUGAGAUGCACACAGAUUCUGGAUUCUUAACCAUAUUGCAAGUUGAUGAGAAUGUUAGCGGUCUUGAAGUUAUGGACAAGUCUGGUUCAUUUAUCCCUGUUGAUCAUCAACCUGGAACCCUCCUUGUCAAUCUUGGCGAUGUUGCUAGGGCAUGGAGCAACGGGAGACUUUGGAAUGUAAAGCAUAGAGUGCAAUGCAAGGAAGCAGCAGUACGAUAUUCAAUUGCUUCAUUUCUCCUCGGACCCAAAGACUCAGUUGUGGAGGCUCCGCCCGAACUUCUUGAUUUCGAAAACCCUAGACUUUAUAUCCCUUUCACUUUUAAUGAUUAUAGAGAGUUUCGUUUGAAAACUAAACUAAUAACAGGCCAAGCACUCGAGCUUAUGCGUAUUAACGCAUGA